AUGUCUGCUCUUAGAUCACAAUUAAAAGGUCUCAAAGAACUUCGUCUUCAUUUCUGUCAAACAUCUCCUGCCAGCAGUGGUGUUCGUGAUUUCAUUGCAAAGAACUAUGUCGAUAUUAAAAAAGUCAACCCUGAACUUCCUAUUUUGAUCCGUGAAGCUAGCGGUGUUGAAGCCCGUGCUUUUGCUCGCUUUGAUAAGGGAAUUGAACGCAAGGUUUCUCUUCAAAAUGCUUCAGCACAAGACAUUGAAGGCACCUUGGCCAAAUUGAUCAAGUCUGCUUAA